GUGAUUUGCGGCGGGUGAUGCCGCCGGGAGCGCUCCCUUAGGCGGCUUAGCUGCCGUUGAGGCGGCCGAGAGAGCGCGCAGCGAUGCCGUGUCCGAGGAAGCGAAGGAUCCCCUGCCAGUGAAGGCCCUCGGGGGGGAGAGGAAGAGGAGGAUUAGGAGGGGGCGGAGGAGGAGGAGGAGGAGGCGACGGGCAUGGCCGCGCCGCCGGAGCUCCAGCAGGACGCGGUGCUGCGCUUCCUGGCCGAGCGCGGCGGGCGAGCUCGCAACGCGGACCUGUUGGACCACUUCCGCGGCUUCCUCAACUCGCCGGACCCGCAGCGCCGCGCCCGAGCCCGCGAGCGCUUCAAGGAGAUGGUCAACGCCGUGGCCAUCGUCAAGCAGGAGCCCGGCUCCGGGGCCAAGUACGUGCAGCUGCGCAAGAAAUACCGGGGCGGCGCCGCCGGACCCAAGCCGGAGGAGGAGGAGGAGGAGGCGGCGGCCUCGGCGCUGGCCAACGGCGCUGUCGUGACGGCGGCGGACCCCGAGCCGGCCACCGAGGAGCCGCGCCUCUCGCCCGAAAGGAAUUGCGGCGGCAGGGAUGGGGAAAGGGCCGCCGCCGCAGACGGUCCCACACAAAGGGAGCCCGAGGCGCUCCCUUCCCCCGGCGCGGAGGCCCCGCAGCUGUGGCUCUCGGGAGGUGGAGGCGAGGAGCUGCGGCGCUCUCCCCAACAGCAGCAGCCGCCGCCGGGGCGUCGGGAGGAAGGUGAGGAAGAGGAGGCCCCGCCUGAGGACUCGUCACCGCGCCUGGCCGCGCCGCCUCCCUUCGGCGCCCUGCCCGCAGCCGCCGCCGCCACGCCGCGGUGCGGGCGCAAGAACUUCCGAGAGCGCAUGAUGGGCGCCUCGCCUCAGCUGAAGCGCGGCGGCGGCGGGGGGCUCCCGCGCGUGGGGGGCGGCCGGGAGCGGGACUCGGACAGCGCCUCGCUGGCGUCCUCGUCGGCCGAGGAGGAGAGCAACAGCAGCGGCGGCGGCUCGACGAGCGGCUCGGUGGCGCUGGACCCGCUGGAGCACGCGUGGAUGCUGUGCGCCUCGGACGGCCGCUGGGAGAGCCUGGAGGGGCUGCUGAGCUGCGAGCCGGCGCUGCUCGCCAAGCGGGACUUCAUCACGGGCUUCACUUGCCUGCACUGGGCGGCCAAGCACGGGCGCCACGAGCUCCUGGCCCUGCUGGUCAACUUCGCCCACCGGCACCGCCUGCCCGUCAACAUCAACGCGCGCACCAGCGGCGGCUACACAGCCCUGCACCUGGCCGCAAUGCACGGGCACCUGGAGGUGGUCAAGCUGCUGGUGGGCGCCUACGACGCCGACGUGGAGGUGCGCGACUACAGCGGCCGCAAGGCCUCGCACUACCUGGCCCGCGGCACGGCCGACCAGGUGCGCGGCCUGGUGGGCGCCCUGCAGGACGACGAGGAGGACGGCGGGACGGCCAACGGCGGCGGCCGCUGGAGGCUCUCCAAGGUGCUCCCGGCCAACCUCAUCACCUACAAGCUCUCCGCCCACCUCCACCACGGCGAGGACGGGGAGCCGGGCGACGGGAGCGCCGGGCAGGGGGGCAAGGGCAAGGACCUCAGCCGGAAGAGCUCCGCCGGCAGCUGCAGGACCAAGCCCCGGCUCAACAAGAUCCGCUUCCGCACCCAGAUCAUCCACACCACCCCUUCCUUCCGGGGGGAUCCGGAGGAGGAGGACGGCGGCCCCGAGGAGAAGCCCUUGAAAUCCUCCUUCAAACUGAGACCCAAAUCCAAUGUCUUUGGGUAAACCGGUUCUUAUUUGUGAGCACCUGACAAUGGGAGGGUGCACGGCUACCUCGAAGACUGCUUCUUUUGCCUUGGUAGGGCUGUUUGAGGAUAGUCUCCCCAUGCAAUGCCUCCGGGUGCUAGACAGGUACAGGGCUAAAUAGGACAAAUAUUCUGAGGCUAAUGUUUACUAAGGUACAGUGGCGGCUGGAGUGGGAGUUCCAAUGGGUCACUUUAAAAUGUGGGUGUUUAGGGUGCGAGUAGUUCUGCUUGUUUGAGUUCUAUGUUUAACAUGUGUGGUUAACCUUAGGUAGGUUGGUACCGGACAAAGAGCUGCUGUUUGUGGAGGUUGCACAUCUCACUGUGGUUGUAAUGUGUCUUGUGUUGCAUCAUAUCAGAAUCUUGGUGAGAGGUAAUAUUGAAUUCUUCUCCACUUUUUAAAAAAUGCCCCCUUUAUUGACAUUUUUGACCCCAAUAUUUGGGAGAAGAUGUUCAUUUUCUGUGGGCGGCACUGUUGUUUGCAUGGAGAACCAUUCAGUUUCGUUAACCCCUUCGUGUGUCUGGUAUGCAGCCAGUAUACCAGUUGUCACUUCU